CGCUCACACACGGAUUGGGAAAACAGGAAAUCUAGGGUUGCUGAGGGCUGUCGUUGUAAGACGUUUGCCUGGCUUUGGGACGACGUUUCAGGCUAUCCUAUGACUUCUGAUGACAAGGGCGGCAGAGAGGGUGUAGCCCCUGCUGUGGGAAAACUGUCCAGUCUGCGGUCACACAUUCUUCUACAUAAGCUGGGCAAUGGCAAAUGCACAAGUGCCUGUUGCGGCAGUCGGCCCAUUAGGAGACAGUCCAGUUCAGAUUGUCUGUCCUAAGUGCUGCCAGGCAGUCCUCACCGAGGUGCACUACACCUCUGGCUUGCUCACCUACCUUUUCUGUGGAGGCCUCUUCUUCUGUGGCUUUGUUUUAGGUUGCUGUCUCAUCCCCUUCUGUGUUGACCGGCUGAGAGAUGCCAAGCACACCUGUCCUACCUGCAAGACGGUUCUCGGCGUGUAUAAACGCUUAUAACUGAUAUUACAGCUGCAACGAUUAGUCGAUCGACAGCAAAUUAACCAACUAUUUUGGUAAUCGAAUCAUUUCUUUAGUCAUUUUCUAAGAGUAAAAGUCAAACAUUUGCUGGUUUUGUGAUUCUUAAAUGUGAGAAUUUGAUGCUUUUCUUUGUCGUACACGAUAGUAAACUUAACAGGGCAUUUUUUUUGUUGCUAUUUUCUGCCUUUUUAUUGACAAACGUAUGAAUCAGUAUGAAAAUAGCCCGAACUGAUGUGGUUCCCUGCUUAGGGUUAAACUUCCAGCACAUUCAUUAGCAAACCAGACGGCAGUUUCCUCCUGAAUGAACCACUGUUGAAAAUUACUCAUGCCGAGUGUGACAGUAAUAAAAGUUGCCGCUGACACUGUCUGCUCAUGCCUGUUAUUCAGUUUUUAUUUGCUGCCUUAAAAGUUUGGCAGUGUUAGACUGGAGACUCACAGCUCAGACGUACUUAAACAUUCGUGAUGAUUUUGUAACCUUAUUUGUUCUCAGUGUUGGUGUUAUUGCACAGAUAAAAUGAUGUGACCCUCUUUCGACGUAUUCCC